GACCGGCCUGGCGUUUCGGCAGCUGUCGCCAUGUUGUCGGUCGCCGCCCGCUCGGGCCCAUUCGCGCCCGUCCUGUCGGUCACGUCGCGCGGGGUGGCGGGCGCGCUGCGGCCCCUGGUGCAGGCCACGGUGCCCGUCACCCCGGAGCCGCCGGUGCUGGACGGGAAGCGGCCCUUCCUGUGCCGGGAGUCGCUGAGCGGCCAGGCGGCGGGCCGGCCUCUGGUCGCCUCCGUGGGCCUCAAUGUCCCUGCGUCUGUUCGUUAUUCCCAUACAGACGUCAGAGUGCCUGACUUCUCUGACUAUCGGCGCCCUGAAGUGUUAGAUAGCACCAAGUCUUCGAAGGAGAGCAGCGAGGCUAGAAAAGGGUUCUCCUAUCUGAUAACUGCAACAACUACUGUGGGUGUUGCAUAUGCCGCCAAGAAUGUCGUCUCACAGUUUGUUUCCAGCAUGAGUGCUUCUGCGGAUGUGUUGGCCAUGUCGAAAAUUGAAAUCAAGUUAUCUGAUAUUCCAGAAGGCAAGAACAUGGCUUUCAAAUGGAGAGGCAAACCCCUGUUUGUGCGCCAUAGAACCAAGAAGGAGAUUGACCAGGAAGCUGCAGUUGAAGUGUCCCAGCUGAGGGACCCACAGCAUGAUUUAGAACGAGUGAAGAAACCAGAAUGGGUUAUCCUGAUAGGUGUUUGCACUCAUCUUGGUUGUGUACCCAUUGCAAAUGCAGGAGAUUUUGGUGGUUAUUACUGCCCUUGCCAUGGGUCACACUAUGAUGCAUCUGGCAGGAUCAGGAAGGGGCCUGCGCCUCUCAACCUUGAAGUUCCCUUCUACGAGUUCACCAGUGAUGACAUGGUGAUUGUUGGUUAGAGACCUGGACUUAAGUCAUAGUCUUCUUUCAGUCUUCAUGUCACCUCAGAAGAGUUAUUUGAGAGCAAGCCUUCUGUACUUCAAGUUGGUUGAUUUGAAAUAUUUAAGAAUUGCUACUAAUGUUUUGUAAACAUUAAUGUGAAGUAAAUUGAAUUCAGCGUUGAAUACUUUCAAUCAUUCACUUAAUAAAACCACUGUUAAAUGUUGUCAAGCUCAGUCCAAGACUUGAAAGCUGCAGUGUCUUGCAUAGUUAAUUCUAAUUAAAAGUUACAGGCUGGUGUACAAGA